AUGGGCACUAUCAUUGCCGGCAUCGCUGCACUCUUCAAUACUCUCAAGGAUUGCUGCUUCCAAUCUUCCAACUACAUCGUCUCAUUCGAGGGAGCCAUCUCCUCCUUGGCCCUAGAGGUUGCCCAACUCAAGAACAAAAGCGAGGAUAUCAAUAGGCAAAUCGAGGCAGCCAAAAGGGAUGAGCUCAAUCCAAAGCAAGAAGUCCUGGGCUGGCUUAAAUCUGUGGAAGACCUCGCUUUGGAGGCUGAAAAUAUAAACGCCUCAUACCGCCGGAUGUUCAAGUGUCUCUGUAACUUUCCGAUCAAUCUGUGCUCUAGCUACCCCCUCAGAAGCAGAGCUGAGGCGGCACUCACGGCGGCGGCAGAUUUAAAGAAGGCGGGAGAGUUCGUCAACGUGGCUGACAACCUGGACGUCGAUCGCGUUCGCGAGAUGCCGAAUCCUAAAACCGUUGGCAUGGAUACGACGCUGGAGGCACUGCUAGGCCAUGCAAGGGAUGAUGACGUCAGCAUCAUUGGGAUCCAUGGCAUGGGCGGCAUCGGCAAGACGGCACUUUUGAGAAGAUUCAACAAUAAUUUAGCAGAGAAGGAACUGGACAAUCUGGAUGUAGUCAUCUACGUUGACUUACCGAUUGAGUACAAAGUGGAGGAGCUCCAGAGGUCCCUAUUCGAUCCAUUGAAACUCACAUGGAAAGACGAGGAGCCGCAGAGGAACAGAGCCGGCCGCCUUUUCCGCGUGCUGAGCAAGAUGAGAUUUUUACUGUUGUUGGAUAACGUCUGGGAGCCCUUGAACUGCCAGGUCGUGGGAAUUCCACUUCCCCAGCCGCCGUCCAAGAGCAAGAUCGUGUUCGCCACCCGCAUAGAGGAGGUCUGCAGCCGCAUGGGCGCAGAGAAGAUUAUCAAACUGGAAUGCUUAUCGGAGGAGGAGGCUUGGGAUCUCUUCAGGUUCAACGCAAAGCUGGAUCUUGCCGGCACCAACCCAUGGAUACUGGAUUUGGCUAGAGCUUUGGUCCAACAGUGCGACGGCUUGCCGGCGGCGCUCAUCACCAUGGCGCAAGCAAUGGCAAGCAAAAGGACGAUCGAGGAGUGGAGGCAUGUUCUUGCCAUCAUGGAGGAGGCUCCUUUCCGGCUUCCAGGAAUGGAGGAGAAUGUCUAUCAUCCUCUCAAACUCUCCUACGACCGUCUGAGCGGCACAUUGCGAACGUGCGCGUCCUACUUCGCUCUGGUGCAAGAAGGACGCUGGCUGAGCAAAUACUACGUUAGGCAUCUCUGGAUCGGCGAAGGUUGCAUCGGCGACUUCGAGAGGUUGGUAGAUGCUACAGACAAAUCAUCAUAUCUGUUCGGAAUGCUACUUGGGGCGUCUCUGAUACAAAGAAUCGACGGCGAGUACUUGAAAAUGCACCCUAUGGUUCGCUCCAUGAUACUGUGGAUGGAAUGCGAUUGCGGGAAGAAGGAGAGCAAAUGGCUGACAGGAGAAGGGCAUUGUCUUGCAGAAGCACCUGGAACAGAGAAGUGGAGAAUCGCCGAGAGAAUAUCUUUAGGCUGGAACAACAUAGCGCUUCUUCCUGACGAGCCUCGGUGCCCAGACUUGAUCUACUUGAAUCUCCGAAACAAUCAUCCUCUCAAGAAUAUACCCGAUGCGUUUUUCUCCCACAUGCCUUGUCUCAGAGUCCUGGAUCUUCAGCAGACUUUCAUAGAAGAGCUUCCAUCAGGGAUUGGCAAUCUUUCCCAGCUCCGAUUACUUGAUUUAACCGGCACUAGGAUUGCAUCUCUGCCGAGGGAGAUUCAAGCUCUGGUGAAUCUCAGAUUUUUGGGGAUGCCAUCAACUACACAUUUGAGAAACAUUCCUGGCGAUGUCAUUCAUUGUCUUCACCAACUGCAAUUGCUAGAUAUGUACGACAGUUACAGUGGGUGGAGAGUGGUGGGAGCCCUUCAAUUGGAUGGAGAGGGGAUACUUCUCGACGAGGUAGAAAGCUUGAAGAAAUUGAAGUUUCUUGGGAUCACCAUGAGCUCAUUAACUACCCUUCGAAGAUUCUGCGAGUCGCAGAGGCUUGCAGAAGCUGUGUAUCGGCUCCAGAUCGAAGGCUGCGGAGGAUUGGCGAGUCUCCACAUUCCAUCUACUUAUUGUCUUGGAGAAAGCAUGAAGCAGACGAUACGGAUCCGACUCCAUGCGAUGCCUGAUCUUGAAGAGGUAAUCAUUGGUGGUGAUCUUCAUGUGCUCAAUGCUCUGUCGUGCCUUGGAAACCUUGAGCUCUCGGCUCUCCCAAAAGCUAAGAUUAUCUGGAAGAACAGGUGUUUAGAGAAUCUAGUUGAGCUGGAAAUUGAAGAUUGCAAUGCAAUUGAUCGGCUAAUGAAGUUGGAAAACAAUGCAACUCAUUCUACAGAGACUAUUAUAGUCUUCCCUAUACUAACAAAAAUUGUGCUUCGAAAGCUACCGGAGUUGGAGAGUUUGAGUGACGGAGAUCAAGUAAUAGCAUUUCCUUCCCUACAGACCAUGGAAGUGAUGAAUUGUCCCAAGUUAAAGAAGUUGACAUUGGUUGCUGAAAAUCUGACAGAGAUCCGAUGUGAUAGAGAGUGGUGGGAUGAGCUAGAUUGGUCAGAUGAAAGAACAUUGUCCUUCCAGGAACUCUUCAAGCAAGCGGAUUGA